UUUAAGAGUGACACUACAAAUUGUUGAGAAUAUAAUUACUGUACAUGUUUCCCUUUUAAGAUUUGAGCAAAUACACCAAAACACAAACACACACACAAAAAAAAACAAUUUAAUUGGAUAAGACACAAUUUUUUUUUUUUAUCAAUAGAUAAAAUACAAUUAAUUCCGUGAAAAAGAAGAAAGUAGAAAGCAAUAGCAGAUCAACACUGCCACGGCGACGACGAAUCAAUGAUGAAUCCUUAGGAAAUUGGAACGGAUAAACUGUGAUGCAUUGAUGACGUUGCGGUCUUACUGAGAACACUUCAAAUAAUACGAUUUACAAAGUCGCAGUAACUUAUUAAAAUGCCCAACUUCUCACAGUCAUACUACUUGUAACUUUGAAGUGAAAUUCGUCGAAAACAGAAGGGCAUGGUCGGAAUGUUGACCGGACGGAGGUUAUUAACUGCACGCGGACCACUCCCAUGGCGUAGUAAUCUGAACGAUUCCCUUUUAGGAAGGAGAUUCUGUUCCGGAGUUUUGCCAGAUACCAUUGAUCGGAGCUCCGAAUCAUUUGCCCACAACUCCCAGGCCAUGGAAGGCAUCAUUUCCCAACUCCACUCCCAUAUUCGCCAGGUCUCUUCAAUUACUACCUCAACAGAAAAUUUCAUUCGAUUUUGUGCAAAAGUUUAUGCUUUUUUUUUUUUUUUGCGAAAUUAAUAAGUUUAGGUUAUGGAGGGAGGAGGAGCGGCAGCUGUGAAGAGGAAUCAGAGUAGGAAUAAGCUUCUUCCUAGGGAGAGAAUCGACCGACUUAUUGAUCCGGGUUCUUCAUUUCUUGAACUUUCUCAGCUUGCUGGACAUGAAUUGUAUGACGAGCCCUUACCUUCUGGUGGGAUAGUUACUGGGAUAGGACCAAUACAUGGUAAAUUAUGCAUGUUAGUCGCGAAUGACCCAACUGUGAAAGGUGGAACAUAUUAUCCCAUUACGGUGAAGAAACAUCUCAGGGCACAAGAAAUUGCCGCAAGAUGUAAACUGCCAUGCUUAUAUCUUGUUGAUAGUGGAGGUGCUUUCCUUCCGAAGCAAGCUGAAGUUUUUCCUGACAAGGAAAACUUUGGCAGGAUAUUUUACAAUCAAGCGCUGAUGUCUGCGCAAGCUAUUCCCCAGAUAGCUUUGGUCUUGGGGUCUUGCACUGCUGGUGGGGCUUACAUACCUGCUAUGGCGGAUGAAAGUGUAAUGGUUAAAGGGAAUGGUACCAUAUUUCUGGCCGGACCUCCACUUGUAAAGGCUGCCACAGGGGAGGAAGUGUCUGCAGAAGACCUUGGAGGUGCAACUGUACACUGUAAGACGUCAGGUGUUUCAGAUUAUUUUGCCCAAGAUGAAUUGCAUGCUCUGGAAAUAGGUAGGAAUAUUGUUAAGAACUUGCACAUGGCCGCUAACCAUAAUGUGUAUCAAAAUAGAGCUUCUGAAUACAAAGAACCAUUGUAUGACAUAAAUGAUCUUCGAUCCAUUGCACCCGUUGACCUAAAGCAAUCCUUUGACAUUCGAGCAGUUAUUGCUCGUAUUGUUGAUGGAAGUGAAUUUGAUGAGUUCAAGAAACUGUAUGGACCUACACUUGUAACAGGGUUUGCGAGAAUUUUUGGGCAGCCUGUUGGAAUAAUUGGAAACAAUGGGAUACUAUUCAAUGAAUCUGCUCUAAAGGGGGCUCACUUCAUUGAGUUGUGUACUCAACGUAACAUUCCUUUGAUUUUCCUUCAGAAUAUCACGGGAUUCAUGGUCGGUUCUAAAUCUGAGGCCAAUGGUAUCGCAAAAGCUGGAGCAAAAAUGGUGAUGGCAGUUUCUUGUGCAAAGGUCCCCAAAAUCACUGUUAUGAUUGGUGGAAGUUUUGGAGCUGGCAACUAUGCCAUGUGUGGACGUGCUUAUAGUCCUGACUUCUUGUUUUUCUGGCCAAAUGCUAGAAUAUCUGUGAUGGGAGGUGCCCAGGUAGCCCUUAAUAGUACAUUAAUCAGAUGGCUGCAUUGCUAUUUUGUUUCUGCUUUUGUCAGGAUAUAUUCAUUUUCUUCUUCUAAACCAUUACCAUGAAGAUAAUGUUUUAAUUGCUCCACUUUGUCUUCCUUUGGGAUACCUCAGGCAGCAGGUGUUCUUUCUCAAAUAGAAAAGGCCAACAAGAAGAAAGCUGGCAUCAAGGUAAAUGAUCCGGCAUCAAACUUCUGCAACAGUCUUUAUUAAAAAAUAUCCAGUUAGCAUAUUUUUUUCUCUUUGCGCAUUCUGCAGUGGACAGAAGAGGAAGAGGAGAAAUUCAAAGCUGGAGUUGUAGAAGCGUAUGAAAGAGAAGGCAGUGCAUAUUAUUCCACGGCGAGACUAUGGGACGAUGGCAUUAUCGAUCCAGCUGACACAAGAAAAGUGUUAGGCCUUUGCAUCUCUGCAUCCCUGAACCGUGGCCCGGAAACUACCAAGUUUGGUGUCUUCAGAAUGUGAUCACAGCUCCAGUUUGUACUGGAAAACGUAGGGUGUUACGCCCCAAAAACAUAGGUUUCAGUUUCUGCUUGAAUUAGCAAACAUAAGCAUCGAAUUGGAGUUAUCCAGAAACACAGAGAGACGAGGGAUGCAAUUCAAGACUCAAGCAUGUAAAUGAGAGUUGUCCAUUAGAAUCCUGUGCAUUGAUAUUCUGGAAAUGAUGGUAAUUGGCAUCUGAUUAGGAUUUAGGAGACAUUAUGUAACAGAAAUCCUGGGGCUGAAUCAUGUACUAAAUUACACUCUAAACACCAAGUGAUGAGAUACAAUUUUUGUAGUGUCAUUAAUCUCACUAAAUAUUCAGCUUUUUAAGUGAAACAUAUUUAUUACACAAGGCA